UUCUUCUUCAACUUCAACUGCCGUGGACCAUGGAUCAAUACGGGGAACCUUCAGUACUUGUGCCUCACUCAGAUGCAUACAAUGCACCAGCACCCGCUACUGCUACAUCAGAAACCAGAGACCAGGACGCCGCCCCACCACGCGGUCGUUCUCGUUCGAGAAGUCCUGGAGCCCGCAGCACCGGUUACCUUAGUCCUCCUCAAAAGGUUAGUUCUCCGCCUCCUAAAAGCCAAUACAUGCUCCAAUUGUAUGUUCCUCACGUCUCGAAGGCACCCAACCCGUCCCAAGUUUUUGGGGUCUUCAGAUUAAGUAUUAGGAUACAAGAGCGGUAUUUAAACGAGGAGUUCUCUCGCUUUGGGAGAGAACUGAAUGGACGUCGCAUUCGGGUUGACUAUUCUGUCACUGAUAAACCGCACGCACCAACUCUUGGCAAGUUGAUGGGACGUCGCUGCGACUCUUACCACCGCGACUCAUACCGUGACUCAUAUCGUGACCGUGAUAAGGAUAGGAACCCCUACGGUCGCGACAGCCGUGAUUGGCGCGAUCGUCGCAGCCCUCGUCGUUACUCACCUGAUUACAGGAGGCAUGGGAGCUACUCCAGGAGUCCUCCUAGGGGUAGUAGCCCUCGCAAGGAUUGUGAUGGUCCUUCAGGGACCGGUGUGGCAAACUCUUCUAACCAGGCUGAAAACGGUAGUCGUUGGUACUAAUCGUUCAGCUGUCAGCGGAACCAUUUCAAAGGUGUGCCAGUCGUGGUCCUUUGUUUCAGUGGUCGAUGAGCGAAAACAUGGACAAGAGGCAAGAGGUCUCGUUCGUACAAGCACAAGUGAUUGAUGAGGUUUAUGGCGGUCAUCCCACAGCAAGCCUCAAGUUGGCAAUGUCCUCGUUACUUCCCUGUCUUGAAGGAAGCAAGACAUAGUUUCCGUGUUCGCUAUUUCAGACAGAAAACCAAGUUCAAAGUUCGUUUCAUCCUCGACUAUUUGUUUGUAUCCGUUCCACAUUUCAUAUCGCUCUACUAUUUUGUUCUACACUAUCAACUUUCGCUUCCAUGAAGAGUGGGAAGUCCCGAAUUGCGAUUGCAAGAAAGGUCAGGCACAAUAAUCCUG